CCUUCCGGCCGCCUGCGCUCGGUCGGCGCUCGUGUCCCCGCGGGCCAUGGCACCGCUACGCUUCUCGGCCAACGUGUCGUGGCUGUUCCCCGAGCUCCCUGACCUCCCGGCGCGACUCCGAGCCGCGGGCAGCUCGGGCUUCGAGGCGGCCGAGGUGGGCUGGCCCUACGCGGAGCGCCCCGAGGCGCUGGCACGCGCGGCGCGGGAAGCGGGGCUCAAGCUGGUGCUGAUCAACACGCCUCCCGGAGACCGAGAGAAGGGGGAGAUGGGGCUGGGCGCCGUGCCUGGGAGGCAGGCGGCUUUCCGAGAGGGCCUGGAGCAGGCGGUGCAGUACGCCAAGGCCCUGGGCUGCCCCAGGAUUCACCUGAUGGCCGGCAGAGUACCCCAGGGGGCUGACGGAGCGGCCAUGAGGGGCGAAAUGGAGGCAGUGUUUCUGGAGAAUUUGAAGCAUGCUGCUGGAGUUCUGGCUCAGGAGAACCUCGUGGGACUGCUGGAGCCCAUUAACACACGUAUCACAGACCCCCGUUACUUCCUGGACACACCCCAGCAGGCGGCAGCCAUCUUACAGAAGGUUGGAAGGCCCAACCUCCAGUUACAAAUGGACUUAUUCCAUUGGCAGAUCAUGGGAGGAAACCUGACCAAAACCAUCCAAGAGUUCUUACCCAUCGUGGGGCAUGUGCAGAUAGCACAGGUUCCUGGCCGGGGGGAACCUGGGAGCCCCGGAGAACUGAACUUCCCGUAUCUGUUCCAACUGUUGGAGGAUGAAGGCUACAGAGGUUUCGUGGGCUGCGAGUACCAACCUCAAGGAGACACAGCAGAGGGCUUGAGCUGGCUCCGUUCCUACUGGGAUAAGCGGGGCUACCCCAGGACUGGCCAGUGAGGCCUUGUGUUCUACCUCCCACCUCUGUCUGGACACUGUAUCUAAAGUAAAGACAAGCUGCCAAACCUUU